AUGUCAUCGAGAAAGAUUCAAAAGAUUAUGGUGCAACCGGUCAAUCUGAUCUUCAGAUACCUUCAAAGUCGUACACGCGUUCAAAUCUGGCUCUACGAGGAUGUCACCCACAGAAUCGAGGGAUAUAUUAUUGGAUUCGACGAGUUCAUGAACAUCGUGUUCGAUGAAGCUGAGGAAGUUAACAUGAAGACCAAGCAUCGCAACAAGGUCGGCCGAAUUCUUCUCAAAGGCGAUAACAUAACGCUGAUCCACUCCGUUCAGCAAGAAGCCUAA